AUGGCAGCUUAUACAACUUUCAAGCUCUUCCUUCCCACUGCUCUUCUAGACUUGGCUAUGCCAUUCUUAGCCACAAGUGCUCGACCUUUGAAUUCUAAUAUAAUCCAGUCGAACCUGAACCUUGCAGCCAUGUUGAAUUUGGAUGAAGAAUCUUCCAACUGCUGGGAGUCUUUGUUUCAGCUCCAGGCAUGUUCUGGUGAGGUUGUCAUGUUUUUUAAGAAUGGAUUUACCGUAGAAGAGAAUGAUGUACUCAAGGGCUACUGUGAUGAAGCCAUUCAUGUUAAAUCCCAUACGUCAAAUCCACCAUCACCACCAUCAAGUCAUGAUCCUACUAAUGUAUUCACCACUCUGCAUCCGAGUUUGAAUAUUCUUUUAAGCAAUUUAGAUUAA